GUUUCCCACCACCACGCCCCAAAGCCGCCUGCCGCCUUCACGCUUCGAAAACGUGAAUUCCAUCGACGCUCAAGGCGACAGCUUGAUCUUGGUCAUCUCGAGGUCAGAGGAAACACAAACAUGACCCGGUAACAGCAGCCAUCUGCUGAAGGCCCUCCCACAAUCGCGUGGCGCGCGAGUCUCACCAUGCCGGACCCUCCGCCCGUUGAACACGAUCUCCACUUCCGCAAUGUCGAACUUCACAGCCUAGGAAGGAAGGAAUAUGGCACGCUCGUUCUGUCGAAGCAUCACUUUGUGUUCCGCUACCUCCCUGGCGCCAAGCAUGGUGACAAGAGUCUGUCGAGUCCGGCAAAUGGCCGCCCAAAGGAAAUGUGGAUGCCCUACCCUCUGAUCAAUCAUUGUAUCCUUCCUCAUGCGCCAUUCGAGACCGGGAAGCAACCUGCAAUCCGCAUCCGGCUGAAAGACUUCCGCAUGAUGGCCCUGCAUUUCCACCCCAGCCCCGCUACCACUCCGCCCGACGAAUCGGCACGGCAGUGUUUCUAUUCCCUUCGCAGCCGCUGUUGCGUCGACGAUGUUCGCCGCUUCCACGCAUUCCAAUUCAGCCCGCCGAAAGAAGAAAUGGCCGUAUCCGCUGUCGAGUAUGAUGCGCGCCGGGAGUACGCACGCAUGGGCAUUGGCGGCAAAGCAGCGGCUGGCCCAGGAGCCGCCUGGCGCAUCAGCGACAUCAACCACGAUUACUCCUAUUCCGCCACAUACCCAAGCGUCCUCUGUGUCCCGAGAACCGUAAGCGACAACAUGCUCAAGUACGGUGGAGCAUUCCGCUCGCGGUCGCGCAUCCCAUGCCUAUCAUACUUGCACUCGAAUGGAGGGAGCAUCACUCGAUCUUCUCAGCCCAUGGUGGGAGUGCAGAGUAGACGGAACCCACAGGACGAGCGACUGGUAUCCGCCAUCUUCUCGAGUCACACGCCCUCGCGUGACGCGACCUCGAGCGUCAUUACUUCGUCCCUCGAUGCGACUGCGGAGCCGGUGUCAACACCUCAUACUGUCGUCUUGGAGAGCGCUAUGUCCUCCCUACACAUCAGCCAAAGCGAGACCACGCUCGACGAAGUGGCAGAAGGAAAGCCCACUGCCAAAGCAAAAGUCUAUGGGAGCACGAGACGGAAUCUCAUUGUCGAUGCUCGGCCCAAGAUCAAUGCGCUCGCGAAUCGAGCCACCGGAGGCGGUAUCGAAGAUGUCGCAAACUAUCGAGGGACUUCAGACGUGCCGGUAGAGAAGGUCUUCCUCAACAUAGCCAACAUUCACGUCAUGCGCGCCUCACUGGAGAAGGUGGUGGACAGCUUUGCGAAUUCCGACUAUAUCAAGAUGAAGCCGGACCAAGAAGCGCUUCGCAAGUCCGGCUGGCUGGGACAUAUUGCGGGCAUGCUCGAGGGGGCCGAGAUGGUCGCGAGGGUGGUUGGCCUAGGCGGCAGCCACGUACUGGUCCACUGCUCCGACGGCUGGGACCGCACUGCACAAAUCUCGGGGCUGGCGCAGGUGAUGCUCGAUCCUCAUACGAGAACUCUUGCCGGCUUCAUCUCCCUCAUUCAGAAAGAGUUUCUCUCCUUUGGCCAUAAAUUUCGCGAUCGCGAUGGGAUCGAAGGCAGCGAGAAAUGGUUUGAGAUCGAGAACGAGCGGGUCAUACCAUCACGUACCGGCGACGGGACCUCUGAGGCGGGCUCGUUGAACAAUCUGGGAGCCAAAGCAUUGUCGGGUGCGAAGAAUUGGUUUGAGAAGAAUCGAGGCUCUAUCUUCCGUCAACAAAACAGCAGUCGAGAUAACGUGUCUGACCAGGGGCCGUCGUCAAGGCCGCCAUCACCUCCGCCAAACCCGCUCCUGCAUUCUCCACCCGCCUCGACGGGCAAGGAGGAGAAGACGCAUCGAAAGAGUGAGAAGGAAGUGUCGCCCAUCUUCCACCAAUUUCUGGAGGGCGUGUACCAGCUCAUGCACCCCAAUCCGAACGCUUUCGAGUUCAACGAGCACUUGCUCUGCCGCCUGUUCUACCACGUAUACUCCUGCCAGUACGGCGAGUUCCUCUUCAACACGGAGAAGGAGCGGAGGGAAUACAAGGAUCAAGCCGGCUCGGUGUGGUCACAUUUCCUGUCUCGGGAGAAGGAGUUCAUCAAUCCGGACUACGUCGCCCAGGUUGAAGAUCCUCUUCUGUUUCCCACCCGCGCGGGGGCGGACAGAGAGAUAGAGGUGAAAUGGUGGUACAGGUUAUUCAAACGGGAGGAUGGCGAGAUGAAUGUGCCGCGAGCACUGGUGGUCUCUCACCCUCCGCACGCAUCCGUCGAUUCGAGCUCUACGGCGUCACUGGAGGAAACGCCGGUUGUGGUGGGGACAAGCAGCCCCACGAGUGGAGGUCUGAAGUCCGCUCUGAGCGCACCCAACUUCAAGAGCAUGAGCGACAGCCUGAAUGGGGCGAGCUCAUGGAUGGGUUUGGGAUCGAAGAACGCCGGAGCUGCCGCUACCACAAUCAAUCCCGAACCGACCACACCUACUGCUCAACGCAAUACCACUGCACCACCAGAAGCUCGCCAUGAAGAAACGGACGAUAUCGUGCAAGGAAAAGUGCCAAAGAGUGAUGAAGGACAGGAGCCGGUAGCGGAGGAAUACGAAGGAGAUCCGCUGGGAGUCUCCGCGGAGAGCACGCCGAUGAAGACGGCGGCGACGACGGCGCGAAGCAGAGGAUUGGACUUUGCCGCUUUCGCCUCGCAGAAUGCGUUCCGUGAUUGA